ACGUCACUUUUCGGUGUGAUUUAGAACUGACAGUACAACACUAUAUUUUUUUAAAAUGCACCACAAAAUAGCGGCUAUACGUUUAGCAAUAGUAUUAGUAUUAUGCGUAGCGUUAGCGUAUAGCGAAUCAAAUGAACAAGUGCCGGUACCGAAGUUUUCACAGAAUGUCGCCACGUUGAAGGUGUUAUAUUGUUAUUCUUGUGGAUAUCGCAAAGCUUUUGAUGAAUAUGCCUCAAUAAUCCAACAAAAAUACCCGGAUAUAAUAAUCGAUGGAAGAAACUAUGAUCCACCUGGAUUAAACAUGUUUUUAGCAAGAUUAUUGGGUGUCUUAAAGUUAAUGGUAAUCGUUUGUAUUCUUGGUGGUGUAAACAUUUUUAAUUACAUCAAUCAGGUUCAACCUUCAUGGUGGGAAUGGUGCAUUCAAAAUAAAAUGUACUCAGUUCUCAUGUUGUUCUUUUUGUCAAAUAUAAUUGAGUCCCAAUUGAUUCAAUCAGGCGCUUUUGAAAUAUCGUUAAACGAUGUUCCGGUGUGGUCGAAAUUGGAAACAGGAAGAAUUCCACAGCCCGCGGAAUUGUUUCAAAUUAUCGACAGUCAAAUGCAGUUUACGGCGGAUUUAAAUAGCGGUUUUGCGAAGUAAAAUCGUGAAAAUAAAGAAAUAUUUGUAGAGGGUUAGUCAAAAAGACAAAAUAUGAGAUAUAUUGAAUAAAAGUAAUAAUACAAGAGAAUUUUGGAAUAAUGAAGAGUUUAACGUUUGGUCUUAUCACGUCAUCUCAUUUCAUACGUACUGUAAUAAAAAAAAUUCAUUCCUUAGUUUUUGGACAGAUUUGUAGUUGUUAUAUUUUUUAUGAAUAAAUGAUAUCUACUGUGAUCUAUAA